CCUCACACACUCACAGACAAUCACAUUUGGAGAGAAUGUUCGAGAGGAGAGUCUAUUUAACUUUUGUGAGGAUGGAAGGUUGGUAAGAAAAAGGAAAAGAAAACAGACAGGAGCCAUGACGUGGAGGAGUCCUCUGGCCCUGGUCAGGGAGGCUUUGCAAGGUCAGAGGGCACGGGAGAGGGAACUCCGCAGCUUGGAGUCCAAUCUGCCUCACGAAGGACUGGAGAAGGAGAAACAACCCAAUCGCUUUUUUUCAUCAAAUGCCAUCAAAACUACCAAAUACACGUUUCUGUUGUUCAUCCCUAUGAACCUUUUUGAGCAGUUUCACCGUCUGGCCAAUGUUUAUUUCGUGGGCUUGGCUAUCCUGAACUUCAUCCCCGUAGUGAAUGCCUUCCAGCCUGAGGUGGCUCUGAUUCCCAUCUGUGUCAUCUUGUGUCUGACGGCCCUGAAGGAUGCCUGGGAGGACUUCAGGAGGUACCAGUCGGACAAGAAGCUCAACAACACUCCAUGUUUUAUCUACAGCAGGAAGGAGAAACAGUUCAUGGAGAGACAUUGGAAAGACGUGCGAGUGGGAGAUUUUGUGAAGGUAGUUUGGAAUGAGAUUGUCCCUGCAGACCUUCUCCUCCUCUACACAUCAGAUCCUAAAGGCGUGUGCCAUAUAGAGACGGCCAACCUGGAUGGCGAGACCAACCUAAAGCAGAGAAGGGUUGUGUCUGGACUCUGUGUAUCGGAACCUGAAUUUGAACCAGAGAGCUUCAAAAGCAUUGUGGUGUGUGAAAAGCCCAACAACAACCUGAACCAUUUCAAAUGCUACAUAGAGAAACCCAAUAAGGAGAAGGUGGGAGCUGGGAUUGAGAGUCUGCUCCUGCGAGGCUGCACAGUGAGAAACACAGACCAUGCUGUUGGCUUUGUGGUGUAUGCAGGUCAUGAAACCAAGUCCAUGCUCAACAAUAACGGGCCAAGAUACAAGCGCAGCAAAAUAGAACGGAAGCUGAACACUGACGUCAUUUACUGCAUCAUUCUCCUCUUCAUCAUGUGCCUCAUCGGAGCACUGGGCCAUUUCUUUUGGCUGGAGGCGCUGCCCGAUGUGCAUCCCUACCUGGUCCCAGACAGCAAUGGUCACUUGGAGAGUCCUAGUCUGAGUAGCUUCUACAUGUUUUUCACCAUGAUCAUCCUGCUGCAGAUCCUUAUUCCUAUCUCUCUCUACGUAUCCAUUGAGAUGGUUAAGAUUGGUCAGAUCUUCUUCAUCACAAAUGACAUUGACCUGUACGAUGAGGACACAGACAGCCGCAUGCAGUGCAAGGCUCUGAACAUCACAGAGGACCUAGGACAGAUUCAAUACAUCUUCUCAGACAAGACAGGAACCCUCACUGAGAACAAGAUGGUUUUUCGGCGAUGCUCUAUCAUGGGUAUUGAGUAUCCACACAAAGAGAAUGCUAUCCGCCUAGCUGUUCUUGAUGAGCCAGAAACAGAGGAAGAGGUCAUCUUCAAUCAGCCUCCACAACCCCUGCAGGCCAGCUGGUCCCUGGAAGCUGAGAACAGUAACCAUGUAGACAUGCAACACCAUGGCAGCCGUCGGAGAAGCAAGGUGGCGGCAACUGCCCAGAGCAACGUGGCCUUCAGCAGUCCCCUGGAAACUGAGGUGAUUCCAGACAACAAGCUGCUUCAGCAGAUUAGCAGGGCACAGAGCAGCAGCAGCAACCGAAAGAUAGAUCCUUACCAGGACUUCUUUUUAGCUCUCGCCAUUUGCAACACUGUGGUGGUUUCCAUGGCAACAGCUCAGAGACGGAGGGUUAGUGUGUCACCACGCUCCUGCCAGACAAAUAACCCUUUGGACUCUUUGUCCAAUCUGGUAAAGAAAGCUGAUUCUUUCUUUGCUUCCUGCCGGCGCAAGCCCAAGAGGGACCGUACUUUCUCAGAGGACUUAGUUAGAGAGUCUGUGAAAAUGGAGGCAACUGUAAAGACCAACGACCCCCAAACAUGCUCACUCCAUCCUCUGCCCCAGUGUGGCGGGCAAGCAACAGUGCUGGAUGAUCUGUGCUAUGAGGCAGAGAGUCCAGACGAGGCAGCCUUGGUGUACGCAGCCAGAGCAUAUGGCUUCACCCUGCUGGCUCGUACCCCUGACAGCGUGACGGUGAGACUCCCGUCUGGGGAGGAUUUGGUGUUUGAGGUGCUGGACACCUUGAACUUUGACUUCAACAGGAAGAGGAUGUCAGUUUUGGUGCGACACCCAGUCACCAAGGAGUGUGUUCUGUACACUAAAGGUGCCGAUUUUGCCAUCAUGGAACUACUUGGAACCCCAUAUGCAGAGCAUCUCAGCAGGAUUCAGAAAAACAUAGCAGCUGAUACUCAAUAUCAGCUUGACUGCUAUGCUAAAGAGGGUCUUCGUACACUGUGCAUUACAAAGAAGGUCGUAAGUGACAAAGAGUAUGAAAGAUGGUUAGUGGACAGAAAGAGAGCUCUGGCUGCUAUAGACAACAGAGAGAAACUAAUCAUGGACACUGCUGUGCAGAUGGAGUCAAACCUCACCCUUCUCGGGGCAACAGGCAUUGAGGACCGUCUGCAGGAGAAUGUCCCAGACACCAUUGUGGCACUGAGGGAGGCAGGGAUCCAGGUGUGGGUGCUGACAGGUGACAAGCCAGAGACAGCUGUCAACAUUGGCUAUGCCUGCAGGCUACUGGAGGAGGAAGACCUGGUGAUUAACAUGAGCUGCAAAAACAAGCUCACAUGCACAUCCAUCCUGGACUGCACUCUGGAAGAAGUCAGACGGUACAACAAGGACCCUCGUAAUGUGGACACCACCCUGAAUAUCUCUCUGGUGAUUGAUGGAAACACUCUGGCUAUAGCUCUGUCACCAGACCUGCAGGAUCGGUUCAUAGACCUGGCAAAACGUUGCCGCUCAGUGCUCUGCUGUAGAGUCACUCCCUUGCAGAAGAGCAGAGUAGUGAACCUGAUGAGGGAAAAACUUAAGGUCAUGACACUGGCUGUUGGUGACGGUGCAAAUGAUGUCAAUAUGAUCCAAGCAGCUGAUGUUGGCAUUGGGAUAUCCGGCCAGGAAGGGAUGCAGGCAGUCAUGGCGAGUGAUUUUGCUGUGUCUCGCUUCAAGCACCUGAAAAAACUUCUGCUGGUCCACGGACAUUGGUGCUAUACUCGACUGGCCAACAUGAUCAUAUAUUUCUUCUACAAGAAUGUGGCCUAUGUGAACCUGCUGUUCUGGUAUCAGUUUUUCUGUGGAUUCUCUGGAACUGCAAUGAUUGACUACUGGCUGAUGAUUUUCUUCAACCUUUUCUUCACCUCUGCGCCCCCCAUUUUGUUUGGAAUCAUGGACAAAGAUAUUUCUGCAGAGGUGCUGCUGGGGGUUCCUGAGCUGUACAGAAGUGGACAGGGUACAGGGGUAUACAACUUUUUAACUUUCUGGAUUUCCAUACUGGAUGCCUUUUACCAGAGUCUGGUGUGCUUCUUUAUUCCAUAUUUGGCUUACCAGGAUUCAGACAUUGAUAUUUUCACUUUUGGAACUCCACUGAACACAGUUUCAUUGUUCACCAUCCUAAUCCAUCUGUCCAUAGAGAUCAAAUCCUGGACUGUUGUCCACUGGGUCAUCAUGUUGGGCAGUGUGGCAUUGUAUUUCAUUGUGACGCUUGCCUACGGCGCCAUCUGUGUCACCUGUAGUUCUCCAGCCAAUCCAUACUGGAGCCUUCAGAGCCAGAUGGCUGACCCCAUGUUCUACCUUGUCUGCAUCAUCUCCACUGUGGUGGCUCUGCUGCCUAGGUACACGUUUCAUGUGCUGAGGAACUCUAUCGCCCCCUCCCCGCUCAUACACGCCAGGCAUCUGGACAGAAUGGACCCUUCUACAAGGGAUCAGUGGAUCAAGGAGUGGAGGAGCUUCAGGGGUGGAGGGCAGGUCAAACUCUCUAAGCUCGAUGCCCCACCCUCCCCCACUUUGGACACCCCUACAGAUUUUUAUUCUGAGUCUCUAACUGCUACUGAUAUCAUAGGAGAUGAUUUUUCACCGAAUGCCACCACAGAGAACUGUCAGAUAUCUGUGCACAUAUGAAGGAAAAACACGCUGAAGAUGAUUAUUUAUUAUUGUAAAUAUCUGACCUGGCUCCUAGUUGAUACAGGAGUAAUGUCUUAUUUUAGAAAUAUAAUCAAGGAGAAGUACUCCUCCCUUACUAGAGUUAAUUUUGCAAUAAACUACUCGACAAAUGGAUGUAGGCCUUUUCUUCUCCCAAAGUAACACAUAAGCCUGUUACUUUCGUGGUGGGUUUUUAGCACACAGUGGUAACCUAAUUAGUCAUGUCACCCACCCUUUCAAAAAGCCACACUUUAGCAGGGAAAAUGCUUAGCUGCUUUGAUAUAUUACUUUCACCUAUAUAACCCAAACAGUCAGAGCCAAAUCAUGUGUGGUUUCCAGAUUUCCUAUUUAAAUUUCUAGCCUGUGAGUAAGUUUAUAUACAUCAUGUAGAACUGUAAAAAUACUCAUGGAAAUACAUGUGAAUCCAUUGCUUUUCCCAAAUGUAAGUGUGUCUGUGUGUGUUGAUGGAGAACUGACAUCAAACAAACAAAAAAGGUAAAUUUGAGAGAAUCAGAGGAAGAAGCUUCUAAGCAGCAAAUUCUGGUGCUUUUUUAUUUUUUUAUGUAAAUGGAGUGUGCACAAGCAAAUCCACUUGUAAAAAGGGCUGAGUUAUCAUGGGCAUACUUCAUUAUACAGCUGCAGUCCUGCUUAUAUAACAUCCUGCUGUCUGCAGUUAGAUCACUGCUGCCCUCUAGAGCUGGAAAUAUGGAGCAACAGAAAGGUCACACGGGACAAAGUCAGAAAAACUGACAUUCUUAGAUCUGACUUCUAGAGC